AGCUGAGUGUAUUAUUGCUUAUCUUCAUUUUCAUCUCGUCUUUCUUUUUCCUCUGACCACAGGAGCCUGCUGAGCAGGAUUUUCGUUCUUUACUUGUAUUGCCAACGACGCUUUUAGUUCGCUCGCUGUUUGAUCCAACCCCCCUUCUCCUUCGCAAAAUUUGCAGCAGCCAUGAUUGCCAGAGUCUCUGCCAUCUUAGCUGGCUGGGCCACUCUUGCUGGAGCAGGCCCAGUAUAUCGCACCGUGUCGGAGCUCGACCAGGCGGCAUUUGAAGAAGCACAACAGCGAGACGACACUGCCACGAGAGUCUUUGCGAACACGGAGAUCAAGACCUCCGAUGGGAGAUGCUUAUUUGUUGAUGAGCUAUCGGGAGAUUUCCGGGCCAAUCUUACCCCUAUUCAAGUGGCCUCAUGCGGUGCUACUCCUGGCCAAGGUUGGGAUAUUAUUAGUCAAGGCAAGCACAACAAUGUGGCGGGGCAUGUGCUUGUGGUCAGCACGUUGACGAACGCUUGUUUCAACUUUGAUCCGCGUCGAGCGGCGGGCAAUCAAGCACUGCUCUUCAGCUGUGGCGGGAGAGCCGAUGGCAUUGGCGAGGUAACCGAGUCGCAGCUCUUCAGGUUCGAUGGGGGCGCCGGCUCUCUUGCAUUUGCUCCAGCAAACGAUCUAAAUUCCUGCUUCACCGUCAGAGGCAACGUGGUGGACGUUGUUCCGUGCCAGGCAGGGAAUGAUGAUCAGCUUUUCACCUUGUCUGGCCAGGCUUCAGACAUAGACACAGGGGUCACCGGUAUUCCCGAUUUAUCCCUCACCGCAAGUUUUCCUGUAGCUUCUGUAGUGAGCUCCUCACGUGCUGUUCCAUCAGAAGCCACACCCACAAUAACUACCGUAUACGUAACCACCAAUCCAUCAUCUACCUUGGCUACAGCUCCUAAAAUACCGUCAGCCACAACAGUAUACAUGUCAGCUGGAGCCUCGACGACUACGGUUGAACCAACAGAGUCGACGGUGACGGCCGAUGCACCCUCAGCAACGCAGGAUGCAGUCCAAGCCAUCCCCACAUCUAAUCCGACGGAACCGGUGCCCGUAUCGCGCGCUGGCGGCACACUUGUGCCUACCGCAGCCGCCGAGUCCCACGAGCGAGACGAAAGCGCAACUCGCGCCUUUAAUACGGCUAGUAUCAAGGCCCCAAAUGGACAGUGCUUGUUCAUCAAUCCGACCGCUGGAGACUUCAGACAGAAUCUGAUCCCCGUGUCUUUGGUAGAUUGCGCGGGCACGCCUAACGAGAAGUUUGAUAUCAUUACAGCCGGCAAGCACAACAACGCCCAGGACUCUGCUCUGUUUGUGAGCAGCUUGACCAACGGCUGUAUUAGCUUCGAUGGUAGGCGGGCCGUCGGGGACACGGUCACACUAUUCUCCUGUGGCGGCAGAGCAGCUGGUGAAGGGCUGACUAACGAUGGCCAGCUCGUCCCCUUUUUUGGAAAACCUAGUUUCGUCUUUGCCCCUGAGAGUGAGCGGAAUUCCACCUGUCUCGUCCCUGGAAACGGCCGACUCGUCUCAGCCCCUUGUCUCAAAGACAGGUCUCAAGUAUUUACUAUUGUGGCUUGAUGAAACUCUUUCUAAGCGAGUAUUCGGCCGAAAUGCAUCGUUAUUAUUGAAUAUGUUUUACCUACCCACCACCCUAUUGCACAUUCUGUACCAAGAGAUAGUCCAUCGAAACACAUUCGUACCUUUUAGCUAAAUUGUUUAAUUUAUACUAUACAUUCUGUG